UGCGCCAUCCCGCGGCCUCCUUUGCCACCAUCUUUAUUGGGGGCGGACGCCCUGCAAGCCAAGGCUUUCCGCUGCUCAGUUCCUCGGUAUCCCUCCACGUUCACUAGCUGUGCUGAAAACGCACAAGAAAGAGUUCGAGCCAGGGCGUGAGCUUUCGGCAGACUUUUUCCACUCAGUCCUCCGCUGUCCCCUCAGUAACAGGCGGACAACGGGGAGAGAGCGUAGCUCCGGGGACGUCGCGGCCGGCUUCUCAGCCAUCUUAGUUGUGGGCGGAGAAGCGGCAACUUUGGAAGAGCGAGGGGUGUGCGGCCGCCUAAAUGCUGCUGCUCGGCGGGCGUGGACUCUUGCUGGGCCUGAUCGCAGCGGCGGCGGCUGUGAUGGCAGCACGGCUGAUGGGCUGGUGGAGUCCCCGCGCUGGCUUUCGCCUUUUCAUGCCCGAGGAGCUGGCCCGCUACCGCGGCGGCCCCGGGGACCCGGGCCUCUACUUGGCAUUGCUCGGCCGCAUCUACGAUGUGUCCUCUGGCCGGCGGCAUUACGAGCCAGGGGCUCACUAUAGCGGCUUCGCAGCGUCGGGGCUGGGCUCGGCUGCAUCAUCCUCUGGUCUGUCUGACUCCUGUGGUAGUGUGGCCAGCAGUUACCGGCCUCUAUCCUCCCUGUCGUUCCCCAUCGUUCUUCCUAACUUAGUUCGGGAAACCCAUCUCCGGCCUCUCGUUAAGUUACCCAUUACCCACCAGCAGAAGCCCCUGGAUGGAUUCCUGCUUUGUGCCACACGGUGUGGCUCUCAGAGCACAGAGAUGAAUGAGACACCCUGUUCCUGCUCUGAAGAGUUCCCUUGCUCUGAGCAUCCGUUCAUGCCUCCCUCCCACUGUGACUCUGACAUCAGCUUUCCUGUCACCACAGGAAGGGUGAUAGGAAGGUUCUACGGAGAGGAUGGGCGACCUACGUCAGAACUGAGCCAGGUAGAAGCCAUGAUCACCAAAGGCUUGGAAGCAAAUAAACAAGAACUGAAAGUGAAGCAGAAGUUUCCCCCAUGCAAUGCUGAGUGGAGCUCAACCAGGGGCAGCCGGUUCUGGUGUUCCCAAAAGAGUGGAGGUGUGAGCAGAGACUGGAUUGGCGUCCCCAGGAAGCUGUAUAAACCAGGUGCCAAGGAGCCCCACUGCGUCUGUGUGAGAACAACUGGCCCCCCAAGCGACCAGACGCUGGACAAUCCUACACACAGAAAUCGUGGGGACUUGGACCACCCCAGCCUGGGGGAAUACGCAGGCUGCCCACCUCUGGCCAUCACAUGCUCCAUCCCACCCUAAGCUGGUACUCUUUUGUGGAAACCCCACAGAGAUCCCUGCCUAGCACCGCAGCAGGCCCUUGACUCAUGUGCCCUAGGAUGGUUCCCGGCAUCAAACAAGAGGGCCUGGAAGGACCCUGGCUUCUGCAGAUGGGCCUGGUGCCUCCUCACUAGCGGCUCACCAUUCUGGUGACUGAGGCCGGAGCUUGGCGGCCCGCCUGGUACUGGCCAGCCCGUAUUCUCUACAUCUACUUGCCACCCUCCUUCAGAGCCCUCAGAUAUGAAUGAGUAAAAUAUGACCAUCUCAAAACUAACUUGACAGACAAGCAAAGGGCUCUGAGCUCCAACAGCUUUCUUCCCAUGAACUCCUAGGCUGCCCAGCUCAGCAGCUGGCUUGGGCCCUACCUACAACCCCCAACCCGGUUGGGGGCACGGGCAAAAAGGGACAUCAUUCCCUUAGAACUCAGAAACAAGCAGAUGCAUCCAGAAAAGACAGACAAAUGAACGGCAUCAACAUAAAACUCUGUUCCAAGUUCCUCAUUGGCUAAACUUGUGACCCCUGAUUUUUAUAACCUUUCUUACAUGUAAGACCUUUACCCUAAGGCAACAAAUUUACAACCAAAAGCCACAUUGAGUUGAUUUGAGCUGGGCCAAUACAGUGAGAGGUGACAAUAAAAUAGGAUAGAGUUAA